GGCCCGGGCGAUGAAUGAGGCGUGGGCGGGGCUGACGGCCGCACGCGACUGCCGAGCUCGCCGUCACAACGUGAAGGGAGGGGGCCGUGGGGCAGGGGAAAGAAGCGGAGCCGCUGCUUUGCUCGGCGCCGCCGUAACGGCUGGUCGCCGCCGCCGCCGCCGCGUGUGCCCCUUUCUCCUCCAUGCACGAGAGCCGGAGCCGUCACAGCUGUUGCCCCGCCAUUUCUUUCUUCCGCUCGCCGCCGAGGGACCGUGGUAACCGAUUCCGGCGCUCCGUCGGUGGGUGACCGAGCGCCCCCGGCCGCCCUCUCUCAGCAUGCCAUGGGCAACAGCUGGGCGGCGCAGUGGUGUUGCUGGGUCUUCCCGAGACGGGAAGCGGGACGCCUCCAACGAGGAGGAGGAUCAAAGUACUUCAGGACAUGCUCAACAGGAGAACAUUUCACUAUAGAGUUUGAAAACCUAGUGGAAAGUGAUGAAGGUGAAAGUCCAGGAAGCAACCAAAGACCUCUGACAGAAGAAGAAAUCUCUGCUCUUCAAGAAAGGCAAUAUAAUUCCAUUGCUGAAAAACAGAGAACUUUAGAUGACAAACUUCAGUCAGAGUUAGCCAUACAAGAGGAGAAGUUAAGAAUAGAAGAGGAGACUUUAUAUGCUGUGCAGCGUGAAAGAGCCAGGGCAGCAAAGCAAAGAAAGUUCGUGGAGCAACAAAAAUUGCAGAGAAUAACUCAGAAAGCAAAUCACGGAGAUGCCCAAAGUUCUAUGGUAGAAGAAGACUUGGAUUCUUAUUUGAGAAAUGUAAAACUGCCAUAUGAAGCUUUCCGCACUAGUAGACUUUCAUCAGAUGCUACUGUUCUAACACCAAAUACAGAGAGCAGUUGUGAUUUAAUGACCAAAACCAAAUCCACAAGUGGAAAUGAUGACAGCAAUUCCUUAGAUUUAGAAUGGGAAGAUGAAGAAGGUAUAAACAGAAUGAUCCCUUUGAGAGAACGUUCAAAGACUGAAGAAGAUAUUCUCCGGGCAGCAUUGAAAUUUAAUGGCAAGAAAACUGGAAGUAACCCAACUUCCACCUCUGAUGAUUCUACCGGUUUGGAAUGGGAGAAUGACUUCGUUAGUGCAGAAAUGGAUGAUAACGGCAAUUCAGAGUAUGCCGGAUUUGUAAAUCCUGUUUUAGAACUUUCUUCAACAGACCAAAAAACUUCUGGUGUUGAUCAAGAAGUGAGAUAAUGAAAUUGGCCAUUGGGUGCCUAGCAGAAUGGCUGAAAUUGGAAAACCUAAAAACCUGUAUGGUGCACAAUCUUGUAAUCACUGCUGCUGCUGCUACUGCUGCUGCUGCUGCAAAACUUCCUUUUACAAUAAGGAAAUGAUACAGUGACUGCUGUUGGUGACUGAGCUCCAGAUUUCUAGAAAAAGAAGGAAUCUAUGCUAUCUUAUGUCAAUUAAACAAUAUGGUUUGCUAACAAUUGUGGUUUGCUAUCUGAACUGAAUUGUAAGUGCAAUUUUUAUAAUCUACCUUUUAAAUGUUUAUACUUGAAUGAUUCUAUUAUGUCUGUUUUUAGUUUAAGCAUACAGCAGCCUACAUUAAAUAUGGCAUUACAGUUGAAUGUUUUAAUCAAUUGUCCUAAUUCAGUCUUUGGCUGUUUUUUUUUUCUUUAAAUACAGUGGUAUCUCAGUACUUAUCAUUAAUUGAUUCUGGGAGAUACAAUGAGUACCAAAUUGAUUUUUCCCAUAAGGAAUAAUAUAGUGAGUCAUAAGGCAGCCAACACAGACAAGUUCUAGCUUGUGCAUUGAGUACUAAACAAUGAGUACCAGGACAAAAUGUUCACAUCAAAAUGUAUUGAGUACCAAAUUCAAUCAGUUUUAAAGCAGUUGAGUAACCAAAGUACCGCUAUACCUACAUUAACAUAAUUUUAGCAGGAAAUCUGAUCAGCACAUUUGUACUUGAAGUAUGAAACUAAGAAUAGGAAUUCUACUAUGGCUUCCAAAAAACAUAGGAUGCUGCCUUAUAUUGAGUCAGUCUUGAUCCAUAUAGCGCAAUCUUCCAAGCAUUGGCACUACUUUCCCAGUUCUCUUGAUGUUUCAAGCAAUUCCCAGAUUUAUCUGGAAGUGUUGAUGACUGGACGUGGUGAAAGCAAACUACAUGUUCUGCUAUUCAGCUUAAGCAUCCCUAACAGUUUUACUUUUUUUCAGUUUAAUUUGGUUUGAAAAUUAAAUAAAGUUUGGGAUGUGUUUUUUGUUUAUUCCUCCUUGCGUUUUACUGGGAUUAAAUCUCAAGCACAAUAUCUUACAUUUGAAAGCAUUUUCUUUAUAAAGCUAAAGCAUUAUAAAUAAAAUUUAUCAUGGCAGUAAUGAGCCAUGUAACUACAGAAAUUUGGAAAUAUUGAAGACAUCUUUCUUUCAAAACAUUGGAUACCAAAACACAGAGGUUUGCAUUUUAAGGUUCCACUGUUCUUCCAAAUUAAGAUGAUAAACACUUCUAAUAUAAAGUAGUUACUUAAUUUUUAAAUUAUGUAAACUAUUGUCUAAUAAUUAGUAAUUUAGUGCUCUUCUGAUUUGUAAAAUAUCGACAGUAUGAAUAUUUUCUUGGCUAAAUCAAUGCAAAUGCACAUUCCAAUCAAAAUAUAUCUUUCUGAAGUAUGUGAAACAUUCCAUUCUUGUAAUUUAAACUCAGUUUAUCAGAAUUAAUAACUUCUGAAAAUGGAUAGUGAUGACACCAUUAGUCAAAAAAAGGUUACUUUUACUAGUAUGGUUCAAUCCCCCCCGAAUCCUUGUACUUAAUUGGUUCUAACCACUGAGACUAGAAAACUUAUCAUAAAACUGUUUUUCUGAUGAGACAAAAACUGCGUUGGAAUGAUGGUUACAUUUGUAUGAUAAAGUAGACAUGUCUCUCUCACAAGUAUAACCAUUUUCAGAGUAUAGCAAUGUAGUACUGUAAAUCAGGGAGCAGCAGUGUUUACUUCCAUACCUCCUUGGGUUGUUGAACUUCAUUUUGUCUUACUGGUCAUGCUCUAAGCUUCCUAACAAGAGUUUUCUUGCAAAGCAUCAAUAAUGAAAUGCCAUAGACACGCAUAGACAACAUGAGGGCUUCUAGCAGCUGCUGCUACAGUCAAAAGGAAAACCAGAACUGCAACACUGAAAAUCAUUUGAUUUUUAAGUUUGUUUCCUUCAAGUUAAGUUUGACACAC